GUUGAUUCCGAGUAAUUUGAUCAUCCUGCACACACGACUUUUUGACAACUGUGGGGAAGAUGACAAAAAUGAUUAACUCUUGGUUUUGGAAUCAGACGAUUUCCCUAUGUCAGCAUGACGCCACCUUAGGUUGGGAGAAUAAAUUUUGAUAAAAUCUGGGCCCUAUUACAUGUGCGUAAAGUGUCGUCCCAGAUUAGCCUGUGCACCUCCUUUUACGAAAAAAUCAAUGAAAACUGAAAGUGUCGCCCCAUAUAAGCCUGUUUGGACUGCACAUGCUAAUCUGUGACGCUAUUUUACUAAAAAACAUUAAGCCCUGUUUUUCCUGAACGAGGUUCUAUUGAUGACACUAGGAUCAGAUAUCCGGCUUAUAUGUUCUGUCUCGGAUGAAAGACCGCUUAAACAAUACUGGUUGUCUGAGUAGAAAACUUCCUUUUUUUCGGAGAUGAAUACACUACGGAAGUUAUUGUAUGAAGUUAUUAGGUGUAUUUAGAGACUGAAGAGCACGUAACAUUAAGUUUAAAUAGCAGAAUUAGAUUGCUUAUAAAACAAGCAGAUAUUUUUUUAAAACAAAAAUGGCUACAUUCUUAUGGUUUAAAGCUUGUUUUAGUAUUCUGGUAUUAAAGUGUGUUGACAUGCAGAACAGCUUGGCUCAAGUCAGGAAAUCGUCGUUUGAAAACUGCAAUAAAACCGAGGCCGUGUUGGUCGGUAAUAAUCUGACAUUUUCUCCAAACCCGCUCGUACUUCACCCGGAUAUUGACUACAAUAUCGGCCCGACAAUCACUUUCUACGGACGGAUGACAGUUUUGAGGAAAAUGCCAUCUCACGACAACGAACGGAUUGAGUUCCUGAACUCUUUCGUGCUGUCGGCUGACAACACCACCACAGAACUAUGUCAGAUCCUACCCCUAGACUUCUGUCACGUGGCUGACGUGUGUAAGAUACUCAGCGAUAGGUUUUCGCAUAUACCGUUUUGUCCAAUCCUGUUCCACAACGGCACUACACCAACACCAUGGAACUGCCUCUGCCCUUUCCAACCAGGAACAUACAUUAUGCCGAAUCUACAAUACAUGGUGAACGAUUUUAUUAUACCUUUCCGCCUACGUGCAGACUUCAAGGUCAUUGUGAAAAUCAAAGAAAAUGGCGUACCCGUUGGCUGUUUUUCAUUCGAAUUCUUAGUAAGGAAACGAGUUGAAGACUUAAACGGUACCUAGAAGAUAUACUGCAUGAGCUCAACACUGAACUGUUAAUAUUGAUAUUCAUUGAGAUUGAGUCUUAUUGUGGAAUAUGUAAAAUCUUUAUCUUAAUCAACAUCGGCAGGAGUCAGCUUUUAUGAUGUUAUCCCAAAGCUUUUUGAAAAGCGUAGGGAUAUUGUGGUUAUCUCCGCCGUCUGUUCGUUCGUCUGUCCGUUCGUCUGUCCGUUCGUCUUGGCCACUAUCUCCUCCUACACUUUAAGCACUAGAACCUUGAAACUUACACAUGGUAGCUAUGAGCAUAUGUGCGACCCUGCACUAUUUGGAAUUUUGAUCAGACUUUUUUUUCAAAUUGAAAACCUCGUUUUGUGACAAUUGUGACCCUUGUUUUUUUAAUAAAUCAAAGCGGCGCAGUAGGGGGCAUUGUGUUUUUGACAAACACAUCUCUUGUUUUAUGUUAUUUUACAUUAAGUUCAUGAUUUCUACACCGAUUUACUUCCAAUUGAUACUGAACAUCUCUUAUUACAAUACGGUAAAUUUCAACUAUGCAUGGCCCCAUUACUAACCCUGGGGCGCCCCCUGGGUCAAACAUGCGGCGUGGGGAUACGCGUUCGUUCAAGACUUGACUACUGGUAACAUUGAAUAUGAAGGUAGUUAAUUUGAAAUUCCACGAUGAAAUAAAGACCUGAUAGGCCAUGAUUUGGGGCGCUCAUUGGUCAACCUCUGUUGAGUAUUCGAUAUUCACUUUUUGAAUGGACGUUUUUUGUCCGAUAGUAAAGGCGAAUAUGCAUGUUUUAUAAUAAGGGGCUGUCAACUGUUGAUUAUAUCAUUGCCUCAAGUGAACUAUUCAUUAAAACAAUUCAAGACUUCCAAGUCUUAGAUCGUGACGAAUCCGAUCACUUUUAAAUUACGUGUAAUUUUAAACUGAAAAAUAAAUCACCAAUAAACGUC